GCAUGAGGAAACCAUUAACCAAGAGCCCAAUAAUGUGGGCGAAAAUGCUCAAUAGCUGGGAGGCAUAUGGAAAAUGAGGCCUAAAAGUAUGUAUAUAUAUGGGGUAUAUGAUGGGGUGAUUGGUAUUCCAGCUAAGCUAAGCUAUCUUCUUCACAACAUGAAGCAGCACUUCAUCCAACUCUCUCUUCUUCUUCUUCUGGCUCUUUCUUCACUUGCCUCCGGGACAGAGACCUCUCCUGAUUACUUCUUCAUCAUUUUCCAAUGGCCAGCUACCAAAUGUGACAGCAAAGCAGGUGGGUGUUGCCUCCCCAAGAAAGGGAAGCCUGUCUUGAACGAUUUCAUCAUUUCUGAGUUCCAACCUUUUUAUGCUCAGGAUGGGGUGAUACCUACUAAUUGUACUUCUAAAUCGAAAUUCGAGCCGUCUAAGAUUGCAGAUUUGGUUCCAAGUUUGGAAAGGAAUUGGCCAUCCCUGAGCUGCCCAAGCAGGGACAGUAAGAAGCUAUGGAAAGAAGAAUGGCUGGAGUAUGGAACCUGUUCUGAAUCUGUUCUAAAUCAGCAUGAUUAUUUCGCCGCCGCCCUUAAAGCCCAAAAGCAAAUUAAUCUCCUCAAAAUUUUUGCCGACGCAGGAAUAAAGCCAAAUGGAACAUACUAUCCGGGGCAGGCAAUAAACAAAGCCGUGAAGAAAGCCGGGUUAAAUGAGGCGCUCGUAGAAUGCCGAAAUGACGAGAACGGGGUGAACGCGGUUCUAGACAAGGUGACGCUGUGUGCAACCACAAAGGGAAGCAAGAAACCCUGCCCGGGCAUGUUCUGGAUAUGCGAUAGUACCAAUGGAAAUGCCGUCCAGUUCCUUCCACCUUCCCUCCCAACCUCCCUCUAAUUUGAAGGAACCUUUUUAUUUUCCCAAGGGCUGUGUUUUUUCUUUUUGGCUUUUCUGUUUUUGUUUUGUGUGGACAAUGGGAGGAAGAGGAGUCAAAUAAAAAAGAAGCAUGUCUCAUUAAUGUAUUGUGAAAUGCCCUUCCCAAAUAAAGUUCUAUUUUAGCUUUCACAUUUUUGAAUGCUAUUGCAUAGAUUUUAUUAAUUUUAUUAUUUAUGUGGUGAGCUUAAUAUACUGUUAACGUGCAUCUAAUUUCAUGUACCAGUUACGUGUAGUAUUUGUUAUAUUAGUUUAUUUAGUUUUAGUACAACUUAUGAUAAAUUUCUAAAUGUGUAUACAAAAUUUGCACUCACACCGUCAUACAAUGAAAGAAAGCUGAAUAUCUA